CAUGCUCGCGCCUUGACCCCAGCUUGAGGUGACUGCCCAAGCCGAGGCGGGGACCCCAAGCUCGGAGGCUGAAGGACCCGCCGCCGCUCAUUUGCGGGAAAAGGAGGGCCCUGCUGCUGUCGCCGCCCGGCAGGUGACCGGCCGGAUGCCCAGGAGCCCUCGGUGACGGGAAUUCUCCAGCCACUUCACAGCCCUGUCUCUGCCCAGCGGAGACAGCCGCGGCUCAGGCACAAGGACGGAGACCCAGGACUGCGAGGUGCCUUGCCGGGGAAGAGGAGGAGAAACCCAUCGGCUGGGGCCUGAGUGGGGUCUGGGGGACGGGCCGUCGGUCUCGGAAUGCCCCUGCCCGAGCCCAGGGAGCAGGAGGGGGAGAGCGUGAGAGCCGUCCAGGAGCCUUCCCCCGAGUCCCCUGAGCCAGGCACAGAUGUGGUCCCUGCUGUCCCCACGAAGCCCAGAAAGUUCUCCAAACUGGUCCUGUUGACAGCUUCCAAAGACAGUGCCAAGGUGGCUGGGGCCAAGCGCAAGGGUGUGCACUGCAUUAUGUCCCUGGGGGUGCCCGGGCCUGCCACCCUCGCCAAAGCCCUCCUCAAGAUCCAUCCUGAGGCUGAGCGGGCCAUUGAGGCAGCCCCCCAGGGGCCUGAGCAGAAACGCAGGAAGGUGGACUCAGAUGGAAAGGAAGAUGGAAGGUUGGCAGGGUGGCCUGCCCCCAGUCCCAUGGUGGGUAGGGAGGAGCCCACCAAGGACCCCAUGGUGCCCACCGAGGCCCCGUAACCCCGACAACUGCAGCGUGUCCUCACUGGAUUAGUGAACUUGGCUGUGGCCCAGUCGCCAACUGACUUUCACUCUCAACAUGUAAAUAUUUUCAGAUUGAGCAUAAGUUACUUUUGUAAGCAGAAAAAAAAAUUAAAAAAAGAAUAAAAGUC